CCACAUCCCAUCCAUUCUUGUCUGGACCCUUGUGAUUGGGGCCAAUGGUCCACUUGUCAGGGCCCUGCCGCCAUGUCUUUAGACUUGCUGCUGACUCACCCACCCACGAACUCGCCUGCAGGUCAGUGCCAAUCAUGAGUCGCGACCGUCAAGGGAAUUGACACGUCCCAGCUCCGCAACCCUCCGCAUGGACCAUUUCAGCGCCACACCCGAUCACUCAUCGGACUCGCCCGCCAUGAUGGACAUCGUUUGGCGCCGUCGCCGGGCAUUUUGGCUACCCAUGUGGCGUCCCAUUGGACCGGGGCCCCGGCAUCUGCGCAGGAGCAAAUCGCAGGUCGCAGCCGGGACCUGCGACCGUCCGACUUGGCGAUCUGCGAGCGACGACGAGUGGCGGUGGCCCUUCUCGGAGGCCCGCGGCCCUUGCCAUCCACGUCCUUAGAAGGUAGAGAUCCACAGUGUACUGUAUUACCCUCCCGCGUCGGCCGAUUGAUGCUGGUCGCCCCCGGACGACUUCCGCUUACGACCAUAGCCAAGCCCUCAGCCGUCGACAUUACAUCUCCGGCGUCGCCCGUAGGCCGACUUGCCUUGUCGAGUCGGGAAACUGUGCGUGGUUGCUUUCGUGCCCUCCCCACGCACCGUCGGCACGGGCCCAAUCGGCUGGGAGUCGCUGGGGGCGCUUCGAUCUUCGAGUCAAGCGUCGUUGACUCGCGCCGAGGAAAUGCGACCGGGUCGAUAUCUUGGCCUACUGGAUUCCGUAAGCCAUCGGACACCGAGAAAUCUUUGCCGGGGACGGGUUUGCGUGGGGCGGACAUCUUCGGCGCGCCUUAGGCCCGCCGGGCUCGUAUCGACGGUCACCGCCUGCCGCGCGCGACGGCCACCGCGCGCGACGUGCGACGUACCGCCUUCUGCGUCCUGGCCGCGGAGAAUCGGCCGUUCCGACCACGCUCCCGCGAGGUCUCGCAUGGCCGCGGUCGCUGUUACUCGCGAGUCUUGGGAUAACCGGUCAGUCGUUGAGACGCACGCCGGUUGCGCAACGUGACCACGACCACAAGCACGCCCGCGUAAUGAGUGAGGACGGCCCGCGACCUACCGCAGUAGCUCAGCUGCUGUGCGGCGACCGACUCGGUACUUGGCUUUGGCAAGUCUCACACCGUCGGCGCCUGCGGGAACCUGUAACUCUGCGAGGGCUGGUCCUUAGUCCGCGCCGGCGCGGCGCCCACCUCGAGAGCGAUGUUUUUCUCGACCCGUACCUGUGACGGAGGUAAUGCAUGCUCACGGCCCCGAAAAUGGCGCCGCUGAUUCGUGCAUCGAACUCUUACCCGCAGCUUCGACGACGUUGGCACUGGAACCGCAUCGCUGAUAUGUGCGAGACGGAACGACAAUCGAAUAAGGAAAGCGCCUAGCCCGUCGACUACGUUGGCGCUUGCUUCGCUGAUUUUCGGAAUGUUUUGGGAAUUUGGUAAACGAUCAAGCCUGGGCCCAAAGUGUCAAAAUGAUGAAAAAUACAAUACAAGCGAAAAAUCACAAAUAAUAAAAAAUAUUCCAAAGAUCAAUCCCUAAUACUUACCGUUCCAAAAGCUUUGGAACGGUAAGUAACGAUGUCCUUAAUAUAACAAUCUAAAUCAAAAGAAAGCAAACAAAGCUCUAGUUGUUCUUCAGUCUAGGCUAAUUAUACAUCACCGCGUUAUUCGGUACUUCUUCACUUCCAUGGCGAGCGGGGAGUGUUCCACCAUAGCCAAGAAGCAAGCUCAGGCGGGCCGACAGUUGAAACGUCGGAAGGUUGGGCCUCGCCUUUAUCUUCUCAGUCAGCCACGCCAGAUUUAGGGGACCCCUAUACUGAGAUGGAUCCACUCAUCACCCAACUGGCCAAGCAGGUGAGAGAUAAUUAACCUAAACUCAUACAUAACUAACCGCUCCUUUAU